GAAUCGACUGGCAGAAUGCGGCUUCAAGGUUUGACAGGUUACAGCAGACAGUUCAUUCCGAACUACGCAGGUAAAACCGCCCCUUUAAGGGACCUGAUUAAGAAAGUCGGCGCUCGAAACCUGAGGGCUGAGUUGUCUUGGACACCGGCCACAGAGUCCGCGUUCAUUUCAUUGAAGCAGGAUUUGUCGAGGGCCACUGACUUGGCCACGCCAAAUUACGAUGAACCAUUCUACCUGGAUGUUUCUGAAACAAAUGACAUUGUAAAUGGUGUAUUGUUUCAGAAAAAAGGGGGGAGUAGAGAUGUGCUCAUGUAUGUUAGCAUAAAACUGGGCCCAAUAGAAGCAAGACACCCAACAUGCACACGACACGCAGCAGGGGUCGCAAAAAUCAUCCAGAAAACAGCACACAUAGUAAGGGAACACCCACUGAAAGUGCUCACCACACACAGUGUAGUGGCUUAUGUGAACUCACAGGCGUUCACAAUGACCCCACUGAAACAACAGAGGUUGAGCAAAGUUCUAGAUGCACCUAACCUGACAUUCACACAUGAAGGGAUUAAUAUGGCAGAUUUAAUGGGGUCAGGGGAACCACAUGAUUGCGUGAAGAAAGCCCAGGUUGAAGAGAAAGUGAGAAAGGAUCUAAAAGCGGAACCCAUAGCAGGAGCAGAGGAGUGGUUCACAGAUGGAUGCUGCCACAGAGAUGAAGAAGGACUUAAAGCAGGGUAUGCUGUAGUUCGCAGAGUAGGACAGGAGUAUCAGGUAAUAGAGGCAGGAAGGAUUGAGGGACAGCAGUCAGCCCAGAGAGCUGAAGUGAUAGCCCUGAUCCGAGCGCUGCGGUUGGCCAAGAACCUGAAAGUGAACAUUUACACUGACUCAGCAUAUGCGUUUGGAGCCGCACAGGUGGAGCUGGCUCAGUGGAAGAGAGCUGGAUACAGAACUGCAACCAACGCACCGAUCUGCCACAAGAAGGAAAUGGAGGAACUGGAGAAAGCCCUAGAGGAUCCAGAUGAGGUGAGUAUUGUAAAAUGCAAAGGACAUUCACAGGGAGACAAUCCGGUGGCAAGAGGAAACCGGACAGCGGAUGAAGCUGCAAAAAAGGCCGCAGGCUACAAAGGACAGAGACAAAUGGUGCAGGUAACGGCAGAAGAAGAGGGGAGCACCAACACCUUGGAGGAGGUCAGACAGGCUCAGAAGGAAGCAUCCCCAGAGGAAAAGGGGGUGUGGCAGGCUAGAGGAGCCUGGCAGGAGGAAGGCCUGUGGAGGAGCCCGGACGGGCGUCCAGUUUUGACGACUAAAAUGGCAAAGCAGAAGGUAAGUGAAGCUCAUGGACUGGGCCACGUGGGUAUAAAACAAAUGGAGAAAAACUUGUGUCGAUGGUGGCACCCGGAAUUAAGGAACAUGGUACAGGAGAAGGCCAGAACAUGUCUAAUCUGUGGAGCACACAAUCCCAAACCAGCAGUGAAACCAGAGCCGGGUAAGUUUUUGAUCCCUGAGAGACCAGGAGAGGAGAUUGUUAUUGAUUUCACUGACAUGAUUGAGACAGGCCCCGGUGGUGUGAGGUAUUUGUUGGUGUGUGUUGAUGCCUUGACCGGCUGGCCCGAGGCUUGGCCAACCCGGAAGGAAGACGCAAAGAGUGUAAUAAAGUGUUUGAUUAACCAUUACAUUCCGCGACACGGGUUUCCCCGAAGGAUUAGAUCAGAUAAUGGCACACACUUUAAAAACCAGGAUCUGCAAGAAGUAGAGAGAAUGUUGGGAGUGCAGCAUAAAUUUGGGACAGUGUAUCAUCCCCAGUCUCAGGGAAAAGUAGAAAGAAUGAAUCUGAACUUAAAAAAUAAGAUGGCUAAAAUAUGCGCACAAACAGGGUUAAGUUGGGUAGCUGCACUCCCCAUUGCUUUGAUGACCAUACGAUGUUCUGUGAAUCAGUCAACAGGCUUUACCCCGUACGAGCUGCUGACCGGGAGACAGUUUCCAGCCCCUUGGACAGUGGUCUCGGCGGAGCAGCCCCAGAAAAGGAACAGGUCUCAUGCUGAAUAUUUUAACGAGUUGAAAGCCCUUGUGUCCAGUUUCACAAAACAGGUGACGUGUGAGAACCCCAGAGAGAAAGGAGAGGUCCCUGACGCCAAGGCGGUGUGGCUAAAGGUCAUCAAACGCAAGUGGAAGGAACCCAGGUGGACAGGUCCAUACGAGGUGACAGGGCGGACGGCUACAGCGGUCCAGCUGAAAGGGAAAGGCGACACCUGGUUCCAUUGGACGCAGUGUGCGGCAGCAGACGAGAGCCUAGUGGACGAGGACCCGGCGCCACCGGACACGGGGGGCAACAAAUCUAAGAGGCAAAAUAAAUCCUCUCCCCGGUGCAACGGGCCGAUCGGUAGUCUACCCGAAAGGCCGAAGCAAGAAGAACCGCUGAGGAGGAGGUCGCCGCGCCUGCAGAAAGGAGUAACCACAAACUGAGUGGCCGGAGAAGGGUAGCUGAAAAAGAGAAAAAGCAAGCAGCAAAGAGACACAGAAAAACCACGCUUUGUAAUCUUUUAUUUUUAAUCAUUAAAUACACGCUGAAAAAUGCCACGCCGUGAAUUAGACCCUCAUGAAGAGAGGGCACAAAUUAAAAUAUUACUUGUUAUUGUGAGUUUGAUGUCUGUGAUGAUAUUAAUUAUGGCCGUAUGUUUGCUCGUUUAUACUUUGCAGAAAAACCCAAGCGAACUGUCCAGACCCGGAGGCCAGCCCACUCCAGCACCACAAGAGGGAUCGUUCGCCGAAACGGGGCCAAGGGUGAGAACAAAGCGUGAAAUCUCGGGUAGAAAGGAUGGGUGUCUCAGCAGAUAUAAGGGGCUAGAGUUGGACUACGUUAAAGGGUCCACAAGUGCGUAUACGUUUGACUUAUGUGAAGUGAUAGAUUGCGAAGGGGUAAAUAGCAGCUGGAGGGGAUAUGAUGUGUGGAUUUGUAGUCACCCUGACAUAUGCACACGGGGAGGGAGC